AUGGCUAUCACGGCCCUUGCAAAGAGUUGGCGAGAGCUAGCCCAGACGUGCAUUGACAUCCAGAAGAAGUCUAUCCCGAAGGAUUACGAGCUUCCGCGAAGUCAACUGCCGCCCAAAGAUCGCCGAAAUGUUCAAAAUGUUCCCUACGAGGCAGGAAUCCUCACGCCCGAGGAGCUGGAAAUGACGGAACAAGAUGCAGCGGGUUUGCUGGAAAAGUACAGAUCUGGCCAAUGGAGUGUCAGACAGGUUGUCACAGCUUUCUUGAAAAGGACGACAAUAAUUCACCAAUUGACCAACUUCGCUACAGAGAUUCUCGCUGAAUCCGCUUUGCAGAAGGCCGACGAGCUCGAUGCUUACUAUCGAGAGACUGGUCAGUUGGCAGGGCCGCUGCAUGGUAUUCCGAUCUCAGUGAAGGAGCACAUCGGUAUGGGUGGCCGAAUUACCCAUGCCGGUUUUGUGGCGAAGAUCUCGAAUAUCCCGCCCGAAGACGCGCUUUCGAUCCGCAUUUUGAAGCAGGCUGGCGCAGUGAUUCACGUUCGAACAAAUCAGCCUCAGUCUCUGAUGCAUCUGGACUGCAAUAACAAUAUCACUGGGCUCACCUUAAACCCCCAUAACCUCCUUCUUUCUCCCGGCGGCUCUUCAGGAGGUGAAGGCGUUUCCGUUGGCGCAAAAUGCUCUGUUAUGGGCGUAGGCACCGACAUUGGUGGCAGCAUUAGAAUUCCGGCCGCUUUCAAUGGCUGUUACGGACUCCGCCCGACGGCUCUGAGAGUUCCUUGUCUUGGAAACUUUGGUAUCACCUUUGGUCAAGAAAGCAUUCGUGGGGUUGCGGGUCCACUGGGACAGAGCGUGGAUGACCUGGACAGGUUCAUGAGUGCCAUGCUGGGAGCAGAACCGUGGCAAACAGAAACUUCAUUGGUACCUUUGCCUUGGCGGCAAGUAGCGCUGAAAAAGGACAUUACUAUUGGUGUCAUGUUUGAUGACGGAUGCGUCAAGCCUCACCCACCAGUUCUUCGAGCUCUUCAACAUGCAACAGACAAACUUAAGGCUGCAGGAAUCAAGGUCGUGGAGUGGAAGCCUUUCGACCAUGAACGUGGCUGGAAGAUAGUCUCCUCACUGUACUUCCCACAAGGCCCGAAACCGUACCUGGACACUUUCGCCGAAGGGGGUGAACCAGCGCUUCCACUGACGCACCACGCCUUUGCAUUUUCCAAGUCUCGGCCGCUUACAAUAGCUGAGAACUGGGCUUUGAAUGCUGAGAGAGAGGCAUACCGACGCGAAUAUCACGCUUUGAUGAAGGCAAAGGGCGUUGACUUCAUCCUUUGCCCUGCAUACGUCGGGGCGGGAGUGCUGCAGGGCGGAGCAAAGUACUGGAACUACACGGCCAUUUGGAACAUUCUUGACCAGCCAGCAUCCAUUCUCCCAAGCGGACUCAGGGUCGAUAAGCACAUUGAUAAGCCUGAAGAGACAUACACGCCAAGGAAUCAGCAGGACGAGGAAGAAUGGAAAGCAUACGAUCCGGAUGUUUUUGAUGGCACUCCAAUUUGUCUGCAGGUUGUGGGCAAACAUUUUGAAGAUGAGGAAGUGCUGCAGGCAACACGGUUGAUAGACCAGGUUUUGAAAAGCAGUGCAUGA